CCUAUGAUGCAACUUAGGCAGCAAAGAUUUUGAUUGAUUAAUCAAUAUAAUAACUGAUUUUGUGUGUUAAAAUAAUUGAUAUUGACAUCUAUUUUGGAUCAAAAUCAUGUUGGAUAGUUUAACUGAGCUUCCUUUAACUAAACCCAGUGUGGGAGUUGAGGGUUUACAACAAGCAAGAGAAAAAGUAAAAAAUUUGUGUGAAGAAACAAAUGCUUUGCUUAAGAAAAAUGUUUACAAAAAUUAUCAACUCUUUAUUGAAACAUCUAAAGAAAUAUCAUUCCUUAAAAGUGAAAUGUCAUCAUUAUCUCAGCUAAUUAAUGAGGAACAAAAUUUAAUAAGCUCUCUACAAGAGAUGUCAAUCUGUGGUGACAGACAGGGACCUUUAUCAUCUUCAAUGGAUAAAAAAGAUCUGACCAUUAAUAAUAUGGAUGACCGAAGACUUUCAGGUACAACUGGUAAACCAGGUACUCCUGGAAGGAUGGGAAGCUCAUUUACCAGUGAUACAUCUAAUUCAUUUGAUAAAAUUGACCAAUGUAUGUCGCCUAUUGGAGUUAAUUUUGGUGAAUCUGAAAUGUUAGAGGAGGAGUGUCAAUCUGAUUCUGAAAUGGCACCAACAUGGUUAAUUGAACUAUCCGAAGAUCUAGAUGUUUGUAUUGCACAGCGGAAUUUUGAGGAUGCUGUUAAUCUGGUACACAAAUUCAAUGAUCAUUUCGCCUUGUAUCCAAAAUUUUGUGAAGAUCCAUCACAGGCUGAUUUAAAGAAUAAAAUAAAUGGUCAAAUUGAAGAUUUGAUAAAAGCGGUUUCCAAGGAACUAGAGAUUGUACCUGAUAGACCAAUGCAAAAUGGACCUCGUGCUGCUAGAAGAGCAGUUAAUCUUCUAAUUCGAUUAGGACGUUCUUCAAUGGCAACUGAACUUUUUUUGGCUCAAAGAAGUGCUAUUCUAAGAUAUUGUUUAAUGCAACAAAAGAAAGAAGGUGCAACAUUGCCUUAUAUUGAACGUAUGAGUACAGUUUUUUUUACAAAUAUCCAAGAAAGUUGUCGAGAAUUUCAGAGAGCUUUUGGUCUGGCAAAUACAACAUCGGGAACUGGAACAUUAUCCUCUGCUGAUAGUAUAUCAUUAAACAAUAUGAAUGAUAAAAUGAGUGGAUUUUCACUUUCAUUAGCCAUGGCAUGUCUUGUAUCUUGGGUAAAGAAAAAGCUGAAACAUUAUUUAGAUUCAUUUUGUGGUCAUGUUUUCACAACUCAAGUACCUCCAUCAAUAGCCUCUGAAUGUAUUGCCAUAGUCAAUCAUCAAUGUAAAAAACUAAGAUCUAAUGUUCAUAUAGAUUUAGUUUUUUAUUGUGAUCAACGCCUCCGACCAGGAAUUGAAAAGAUAAUCAAUGAAUCACGGGAUAAAUUAAUGGAAGCUAUUAAACAUAGAUGUUCAAACGACAAAUGGUUUCCACAAAAUUUUGGUAACAAAGCUGCUAUGACAAAAUUUUUGGAAGAAAUGAAAGAAUGUAAUUUAAAUGUUCAGAAUUUUGUUUACGAUGAAUGUCGCCUUUCACUUACAAGUAAUACAACAUCUUUUGCCAAAUCAUAUCUUCAUUGUUUACGUGAUUUGGUUAAAUUAUCAACUUUAUUCACUCAUAAAUUAAUGGUCAAUGCACUGGUCACUCCUUUUAAAGCUCAUAUGAGGCAUAUCGAUAAGUGUUUACGUGAUGAUAACUUUAGAAGUCAACGAAAACUAAUAGUUAUCAACGCAAAUUUCGUUCUGGACACUCUUCUUCCCAUGGUUAUCCAAUAUUGCAAUACCAAGUUCAAUUCUGUCCCAGAUGAAAUUCUUUCUCUAUCUAUUAGAGAUUAUUGUUAAAGUUUUGCGGAAAUAAUUAUCAAUGUAUUUGCUUCGCUAAUAGAGUUUAUAAUAAGAUUUAUUAACUACUUUAUCUAGACAUUAUACUGUUCGUACCUAAACGAGUAUUAUAUUGCUACAAAUAAAUUAACGUUCUUUAGUUGAAG